AAGCAAUGGUAAACGACAUGCCGAACCGAAUGAGCUGGGGACAACAGUCUAAUCAUUAGCGUUGAUCAUUCAACAACGUACAGUGGAACGCGUGUUCAACAAGGCAAACGCAAAUCAAGCAAGCAAAAAGCUAUAAUAUAUAGGAAAACGUGUAUAUGAAAAGUCGAGUGAAAAAUUAGCGUGAAAAUUCGCAUUUCUUUGUACAAAAAGUGCUAAAAAUAAAUUGCUACCUACACAGUGACAACCUGCGGGAGCAAACAACUAAGGACAGUGGUGAAAAAAAAGAUUUUUUUUUUAUAUACUAAACAAAUAUAUGUACAGUGAUACAUAUAUAAUAUAAAUUGAGAUUUUAAAACGGAAUUAAAUUAUCUGUGCAUUUUUUAGUACUUGCGUGUUUUACUGAUUUCUGGUGAAAUACACAGACUAGCAGCUAACAACAACAGCAAAUAUAAGUGUUAAUAAAAAAAAAAAAAAAUUAAAAGAAAAACUUGAAAUCGAAAUAAAACUUUAAAUCACAAAAAAAUUCUGAAAUAAAAAAUUUUGAAAUCGGAGUUUUUCAACUAAAUAAAUCAUAAAAAAGGCAUAUAAUAUAUAAAAAAAACGCACACAGAUACACAUACAUAUUUAACUGUGUAAAAGUCAAAAAGUGCAUUCCCAAAAGUCUUAACUGGAACGCAGCGCCGCAAUUUCAAUAAAAAUCUUCGCAUUUUCCAAUGUAGCCGUUUGGGGAAAAUUAACACGAGCGUGGUUGUUUCGUGUUAAAUAUCGAACAGAUUGUAUUCCCAACAAUAAUUGAAUGCAUUUCAUUGUCACUGCUCACUUUGCUUUCGUAGCCGCUUUGAAAAAGUGAAAUUAUUCGCAUUAUUAUAUUUAUAUAUACGUGUGUGCAUUUCCGUAUUUAAAAUAUUCAAAUAAUUUCUAACACAAGUGUACAAAAAAUCAAAAAAAAAAAAAAACCACAACUAAAACACAAACAGCACGUCACGAGAGUUUAGAUUAUUUCGUAUUUCAAUGGGGUGACUUGUGGAACAGUGCUCUCCUGAACCCGGGACCAAAAGGGACUUCAUUGACCAAAACUCAAACUAACUCCAGCCUAUUUUACAAAUUUUACAAAUCAAAUAUAUAAUCAAACAACAACGAAAAUUUUGGCAUUCAAAAAUCUACAACAAAAACGAAUGUUUUCAAAGUGCUUCCAACACAACCGAUUCUAAAAAGAAGAUACCAAAUUUUAGGGCAUUCACCGCCGCACUAAAAACACAAAACCAGCGAUUUGCAUUUAUAGAUCACAAAACAAGAAAAAAAAUAUUAAGGAAGUGGCAAUCAGACAACACAGAACUUAGUUUCUUUCCCAUAAGCCAAACAGCUAGCGUCCUGAACGCCUCCUCCGAUGAGCAACACGGUCGUUUUGCCAGUCAAAGUGGCCACAGAAACCCUAUACCUCGGUGCUAACCACCUCGCUUGUGCCAACGUUACACACACAGUUGUUGUUGUAGCAGCCAACAACAUCGGCACACACCGCCGCAGUUUUGGACAUUCGUACGCGGCACGCGCUGACCACAAUUAUAGCCGCGUGUAAGACCCUAGUCACAGCAUAUUUGUGCCGUUACCAGCUAAAUAUCACUUGUGAAAUCAAAUCUAAUUAAAAAUAAUCUGUAUUAUAAAAGAAUAAGAGGCUCUUAUCUUAGCAAAUACAAUAUUUUCAAAUACACAAGCAAAGGAAAGUAGGAAUUUUAAGCAGCGUUUUAGGCGCUUAAACGUAUUUCUUUCGCUUUUGUAACCAGUAAGCUUCAAGACGGCCGGAACAAUGCUUAAAGUUGUCGGAGCAUCUUGGCAAAAAACUCGGAUAGGGACUUACAUCCUUAUCGGUGCUGGCUUACUUGUGAUCGGAGCUUUCUUCAUUAGCUAUAUGGAACGUCCGAAAUAUAAUGGUACCUACUGUGCUACUGCAUUUUGGUCGAAACAUACGGGAUUUCACAUUGAAUACUGGAAACAGCAAAAUGAUCUUCUUAACAUUCCAAAGGGUGCUGCUAGAGUCUGUUAUAAGGAUUCCAUCUAUGAAAAUGGUUGGGCGCAAAUAGAGGUGGAAACACAACGAACCUACCCCGACUGGGUACAGGCUUUCGGUGCUGGCAUACUUGAGGGCUCUUUGACAUGGAACAACAUCUAUAAUCAAUGGAAGAACACCAUCGAAUCCUCCUGCAAUCGUGAUGAGAGUUCACAGAAUUUCUGCACUUGGCUGCGCGAGCUACUCGAUGAAAAUUAUAUGAGUAUCAAGGAGACGGCUUUACAACGUGGCGAACAUGAUCACUACUGGCAUCAGAUCAGUCUUUACUUUAGACAACUUGAGGGUCUAGAGACAGGGUACAUACGCGGCGCGUCACGUGCACGUUCCGAUCUCGAAGAAGAAAUACCAUUCUCCGAUUUUCUACUCUUGAAUGCAGCGGCAGAUAUACAAGAUCUUAAAAUAUACUUCGAGAAUUUCGUAUUGAAGACAGACAAUCAAACAGCUGACGCUGCGCAGACAAAGCAUACUGCAGUUGAAGUUGAAGACAGGCCAGCUGAUGCCAUUGCGGCGGCAGCGGAAACCGGACCAAAGAACUUCUUUCUACCGAGCGCUACAAUGCUAACGAAAAUCUUUCAAACUGGCGAUUCGCCAACAUGGCGUUUACUCUUCGGCCAUAGCACCGCCGCUAGUUAUGCCUCAAUGUUGCGCAUACAGAAACGUUACAAGUUUCACUAUCACUUCUCGCCGAAUCAACGCUCGAAUACGGUGCCCGGCGUAGACAUCACAUUCACUGGUUAUCCCGGCAUACUCGGCUCGACCGAUGACUUUUACAUUGUUAAGGGACGUCAGGUGCAAUCGAUUGUCGGCGGUGUUGGCAUUAAGAAUGAGAAUCUCGACUUGUGGAAGACGGUAAAUGUUACACAAGCGCUGCCGUUGGCGGCACGCGUCAUGGCCGCAAAUCGUAUUGCGCAGAAUCGACGCACCUGGGCGAAGGCAAUGUCACGUCACCCAUUCACUGGUUGUAAACAGUGGAUAACGGUGGACUUGAAUAAAUUGCGACCACAAGAUAAUUUAUAUAUGACGCUGGCGGAGGAUGAAAAACACGAUGACGCGGCAUUGCCUUUGAAUGCCGCCGAUGAAGCGGCCAUUAGUGAGCGUCACAAUCGCAAUAAGGGUUUGGUGUGGAUCGUUGAACAGUUGCCCGGACGUAUGCAUCUUAAGGAUGUAUCCGAGAAUUUCCUUACCGGUGAAAAUUCCACAUGGAUAGCCAAUGGUGUGCCGUACUUCGAGGAAAUGCUGCAAGCUAGCGGCUUAACGGCUGACAACACGUAUGACGAUAUGAAAGCCAAACUCGAAGAUGAGCUCACCAAUCUGGAGGCAGUCGAUCAGUUUAUGCGCAAGCACGGUUUCCGCGGUGAUCUGCUGGGCGAAGAGUCCGUGGCCUAUGGCAAUAUUGACAUUAAAUUGUUCUCGUAUAAUGCGCAAAUCGGUAUUAGUGAUUAUCAUGCCUUCGCCGGUCCCAUAUUCAUACGGCUGCAGCAUGUACAAACGCGCGAGUCGGUGGCAAGUGUGGCCAGUGAGUCCACAGACAUUGCCUCCAAUUUGAAGGACGAUCGUUUGAGCGUGAGCAUCGAUGAUGCGGCGCAGCUGGCCGAGUUGGAGCGCAUCACCGAUCGUCGUUCGGUGCGCAAUGACAUGCAAGCGAUCGCAAUGCGCGAGGCGUCGAGUGGUCCAUUCAAGUGGUCGGAGGUAGCGAAUCAUAUGUCGGAUGUUGAGCAUCAAGGUCACCCAGAUGAAUUUAAUUUUGGCAAAGUUUCACCGAAGUGGGCGUGGUGAGCGGUGGUUAUGCCAAUCAAGUAGCAGUUUUUUUUGUAUUUAAUUUUACAGUCAGCCAUACAUACACACAUACUCCUCCAUUUGUAUAUACAUAAAUACAUACACACUUGCACGUGUGUGUUUUCAUUCUAAUUUGCCGUGUGGAAUUUCGAACCAUUUUUACAUUACAUUUUAACUUAUUCGUUGGUGUGCUACCAA